UAAACUAGAUAAUAAAAUUUCUUCUCUUAAGACACAAAAGGUUUAAAUCGUUCCAUCUGGUACCAGUGCUGCCAAAACGACAAUGGUUUUCCGGAAACCUAAACAUCACCGUCGUUAUUUUUCUUCAACCACUCUGUGUUCAUCUUCAUCUUCUUCUUCUUCUUCUUCCAACGACGCUCUGGUUGGAGAGAGAGCAAUCGCGUACCUUAAACGCCACCCUCAAAUGCUGCCAUCACUCUCUCAUCAUUUCACUCCCCAAGCCGCUUCCUACGUAUUACUCCACUCCCAAUCCAACCGCGGCAUUCUCCUCAAAUUCCUCUCCUGGGCCCAAGCCCGGGCCCACACUUUCCUCACCCCGCACUGCAAGUGUCUCGCCAUUCACAUUCUCACCCGCUUCAAGCUCUACAACACUGCGCACUCCCUCGCCGCCACCCUCAUCCACCACACUGCCACCGACCUUUUCCGCCACCUUCACGACACUUACUACCUCUGCAACUCCUCCUCCUCCGCCGCAACCGCAGCUGGUGCUUUCGACCUUGUUGUCAAAUCCCUCUCCCGCCUCGACUUCCCCGACAAAGCCCUGGCAGUCCUCCGCCUUGCCACCCGCCACGGCUUCGCGCUCGCCGUCCUCUCCCACAACGCCAUCCUCCAUGCGCUCCUCCGCCGCCAGCACCACAAAAGCUCCCUUCACCAAGCCGAACAACUGUUCCGCGACAUGAUCCUCAACGGCGUGUCGCCGAACGUGUACACUUACAACAUCAUGAUUCGCGGCGUGGUUGACCGGGCAGACUUGGAGAAGGGGUUCGGGUUCAUGCGCGAGAUGGAGAGGGGAGGGGUUUCGCCGACUGUGGUUACUUACAACACGCUGAUCGACGCUUGCUGCAAGAGGAGGAGGGUGAAGGAGGCGAUGAUGCUUCUGAGAGAGAUGGCGGCGAGGGGCGUGGUUGCGAAUUUGAUUUCGUACAAUUCGGUGAUCAAUGGAUUGUUUGGUGAGGGGAAAAUGAGUGAGGUUGGGGAAUUGGUUGAGGAGAUGAGUGACAAAGGGUUUGCUCCUGAUGAGGUCACUUAUAAUACUCUUGUUAAUGGGUUUUGCAAGGAGGGGAAUUUCCACCAGGGGUUUGUGCUGCUUUCGGAGAUGGUUGAGAAGGGGUUGUCACCAAAUGUUGUUACAUACACUACUUUGAUCAACUGUAUGUGCAAGGCUGGGAAUUUGAGUCGAGCGAUGGAAAUUUUCGAUCAGAUGCGUGUUAGGGGGCUGAGGCCGAAUGAGAGGACUUACACAACCUUGAUUGACGGGUUCUGCCGGAAAGGGUUGCUGAAUGAUGCUUAUAGGGUCUUGAGUGAGAUGAUUGUUAGUGGAUUUUCGCCGUCGGUUGUGACUUAUAACGCGCUUGUGCAUGGAUAUUGCUUUCUGGGGAGGGUGGAGGAGGCUGUGGGGAUUUUGAAGGGGAUGGUUGAGAGGGGGUUGUUUCCUGAUGUUGUUAGUUAUAGCACUGUUAUAGCUGGGUUUUGCAAAGAGCGGGAGCUGGGGAAAGCCUUUCGAAUGAAGGAGGAGAUGGUUGAGAAGGGUGUUAUGCCUGAUAGGGUUACAUAUUCCUCGCUCAUACAGGGUCUUUGUCUGCAGCAGAAACUGGUGGAAGCUUUUGAUUUGUUCCGAGAGAUGCUGCAGAUGGAUCUCCCGCCUGAUGAGGUUACGUACACUAGUUUGAUUAAUGCUCACUGCAUUGAAGGUGAGUUGAGCAAGGCUCUUCGUUUGCACGAUGAUAUGAUGCAGAGGGGUUUUUUGCCGGAUGAUGUUACCUACAGCGUGCUUAUUAAUGGACUUAAUAAGAAGGCUAGGACGAAGGAAGCAAAGAGGCUCCUCCUGAAGUUGUUUUAUGAGGAGUCUGUACCAAAUCAUGUAACAUACAAUACACUGAUCGAAAAUUGCAGUAAUAAUGAAUUUAAGAGCGUGGUAGGUCUUGUGAAAGGAUUCUGCAUGAAGGGUUUGAUGAAUGAAGCGGAUCAAGUUCUUAAGACAAUGCUUCAGAGGAAUCAUAAGCCUAAUGCAGCAAUUCAUAAUUUGAUAAUACACGGACAUUGUAGAAGUGGAAAUGUUCACAAGGCAUAUAAUAUGUAUACGGAGUUGGAACAUUAUGGUUUUGUUUCUCAUACAGUGACUGUAAUUGCUCUCGUCAAGGCACUAUCUAGGAAAGGGAUGAAUGAUGAGCUGAGUCAGGUUUUGCAAAAUGUGUUGAAGAGUUGUAAGCUUAAUGAUGCUGAGGUAGCUAAAGUACUUGUUGAGGUUAACUUCAAAGAAGGUAACAUGGACGCUGUUUUGAAUGUGCUAACUGAUAUGGCCAAGGAUGGCCUGCUACCUAACGGUGGGAUCCAUUCAUUUGCUCCGGGAAGCACCUAAUGUCUUUCCUCUCGUGCCCUGAACCGUGCUUUGUAUGCUGAAAUUAGAAUGGAUCCUUCUAGCUUACACCUAGCGUGUUUGGCUUGGAUUUACAAUGUGAAAAUGAAACCCUAGCUCCACAAUUAUCAAAGACCACCACCUUGGACAGAACUGAAUUGGCGGUGAUUACUGAUGUUCUUAAAUUGUUGCGUUACGUUAUCACUAAACUAGAGACAAGGUUCUUUUUAUUUGUUGCAGAUCACCCAGUGGAGAUGAAGUCUCGUCUGCUACAUAUAAUAUAAAUUAAGUGGUAAAUCAAAUGAGAUUCUCAUGGAAGGAAUCUUGGGCAUCGGUAGGAAUCUGUUAAACAACCAUUGCCAGAGCCUUCUACAAUGAAAUCAGUCAAAACCAUGGAGGUAAAAGUUUCCUUGCAAAAGAUAAGGGUAGUUUGGACCAUGGUGAGGGUAGUGGCAGAGCUUAUUUGCAAGAAAAGUUUCCAGGCAUCUUGAAAACUAGAAGGAUGAAUUUGCAUAACGUUGAACUGGGGAGGACUAUAAUAAGGGAAAGUAUCCUAUCGGAAAGGCUUUUGCCGAAAAAGGAAAUUUUAUAUAAUUAAUUUGGACCAACUAAAUGCUUUGUGUGGAAGUUACAAGUGGUUUGGUCAAGAGAAUAUAUUUUGUUGUCGCAACUAGAGAAGAGUAUUUACUGAAUGUUCUUCAGGAAGAGAACACACACAAACACAUAUACAUAGAAUGUAAGAAAUGGAAGAAGGCACAAUCCGUUGAGAUUUUCAUCUGGCAAAACUAGCUGUUCCAAUAUUAGAUUUUAUUUAACUCUCAAAAAGAGUCGUUGCUUACAUUGGAAGCCUGAAAUUGUGGGGAGCCUAAAAUUUUUCCCCAUGAUUCUUCAUUUAUUUAACUAUCAUAUUGGGAAUACAUAUAAGCCAUUUCUUUUUAGGUAAGGACAGAGACUGUUAGACUGAUUUAGAUGACAGUAGAUUUCACGAAAGAUUACGACAUAUGUCCUUGUAGACUAAGCCCUGUAAAAGUUUACUAGAAUCACAUGCUUCACAUGCCUACAAACUCUGUACAUUGGUUGAAAAACCUAAUCAGAAGCUCAACCCGUACUUCUUUAGCCCUGAUCAGAUGCUGGAGAGGAUUGGAAAGAGUUGCAUGCAGGUUGUAAUUGCCUGAAGCGAGUUCAUUCAAUUUUUCAUUUCUCCUUACUGAAGAAAGGGGCUACUUUCUCAACAGCAGGUACAACCAGUUCCCUUGUGUUGUCAGACUCAUGCACAUGAACUGCCAACCUAAACAGAUUCUUGAUACAUGUCAAAUUCAAACAGGAGAUCUUGAUUAUUAGUCCGUGAGUAUCAUUUCCGCACUUCUGAACACAACUGGAAUCUGAAGCUAAUAUCCGAGCUUACUUUCCUGGUUUUUCACCUUUGAUGUUUAGGGGAUUAUAGUGGGGGAAAACAUAAUUGGGAAGCAGGGGAUGAUAACCUUAGUUAAGGGGUUGUUGUAGUUAGAAGAGUUAAACUAUGGACAUAGUUCGGUGGAAAGAAUAAAGGGAAUUUGGAGUGGAAAAGGGACAGUAGUUGCAAUUCAGGAUAGAGAGGGAGAGCCCUCAAUCUCUCAAAUAUUCAGGAAUUUUAUUACUAUUCUUGUAUAGAUAGAUUGUUCUUUGUAUUGUACCCAUGCUAGGGACAGGAUUGGGAACUACGGUUCAUCGAUGAAGAUUCAUUAUUUUGUUCACAGGUAGAAGAACUAUAUCAAAAUCACAGAAAGAAUCUGGCUUAUUGACUUCUAAAGGCAACACUUGAAAUUGCAUUUUUCAUGUUGACAUAACUGAUAUAUGUUCGUGAACAAAUCCAGCCUUUCCAAAGGUAAAAAUGCUGUAGUUUGCAUGUAUAGUGUAUAGUAUAUUUAGUUGUUAAAAUUUUACUUAAAUUGAUUGUUCAAUCAUUAGAUAUAGCUUUCUGCAUUAUGCUUAUAUGAGUUAGCAGAUAUACAAGUAUUUCAGUUUAACUAAUGAUUCUAUUUGAGUUUAACUAGUGAUUUUAAGUUUCAGUUUGAAUAAUCUUUAAAGGAUGAUACAUGUGAUUUACAUCAAAGGCUUUGUUAUAUUUUUGUUAAAAAAAUCCAUGGGAGAGAAAACCUUAAUCCAUUGGUAUAUAAACAAAAACAGAGAACAUAGAUGUAUUUUGUUGACGUUCUUAUAUUUCCUUAAACGGAAAAUUUCUAACAUGAUGCUAAGCGGGACUGAUGUGGCGUUCAAUGCUAGCUAGGAAUUUUAUCUAUGGAAGCAUUUUAGCUCUGGACUGUUGAGUGUCACUUUUUUCAUUGAACGAUCACUUUUGUGAAUGGUCUGUGAUUAGUGGUGGUGGUAGAACACCGUUGAUUGUAGGUGUUGGCGUAGAUGUUUGACGUGAACAUGUUUUAAGAAUUAGGUUUCUUCACUUUCAUUUGGAUUCUCUGAGUACAUUCAAAGGAUCUCUUAAUUUCUCGUACUCUUCUGUUAAAUUGUUCUUUGUACUUAGUUUUAGUUGAGCAGAAGACAACUCAAACA